AUACCAUACAUAAAGGGCAUAUCUGAAAAAAUCUCGCGCAUCCUACAAUCAUUCAAUAUCCGCGUCGCUCACAAACCUAUGAUCACACUACGUCAGUUACUGACUAACAUCAAAGACAAAGACAAACCGAGGAACAGACAAGGAGCAGUAUACAAGAUCAAUUGCUCCGACUGCCACGCCUUUUACAUCGGUGAGACUAGCAGAAACCUCACAACUAGACUGACUGAACACAAACGAGCGACGAGGAAGGGCGAUGUCAACAAUCACAUCACUGAACAUCACCGACUUACGAACCACGCUAUUGACUGGGACUCUGCGCAAUGCCUAACCUUCAGCACCAACUACUUUCAACGA